GCAGAACCGCGGGCACAGAGUCACCUGGCAAGUCAGCGGGCACCGAGUCACCGGGCAUGUCAGCGGGCACCGAGCCAUCUAGCAGAACCGCGAGUACCGGGUCACCAAGCCUGACAGCGGGCAGCGAGUCAACUGGCACGACAGCGGGCACCGAGUCAUCAGGCAUCGGGUCAUGUGGCUCAACAGCGGGCACUGGGUCCUCAGGCAUCAGGCCAUCUGGCUCGACAGCGGUCAACUGGCACCGAGUCAACUGGCACGACAGCGGGCACCGAGUCAUCAGGCAUCAAGUCAUCCGGCUCGACAGCGGGCACCGAGUCAACUGGCACGACAGUGGGCACUGAGUCAUCUGGCUCGACAGCGGGCACAGAGUCAACUGACGUGACAGCGGGCACCGAGUCAUCAGGCAUCAAGUCAUCCGGCUCGACAGCGGGCACCGAGUCAACUGGCACGACAGUGGGCACCGAGUCAACUGGCACCGAGUCAACUGGAACCAAGUCAACUGGCAUGACAACGGGCACCAAGUCAACUGGCACGACAACGGGCACCAAGUCAUCAGGCAUCGAGUCAACUGGCACGGCAGCGGGCACCGAGUCAACUGGCACGACAACGGGCACCGGGUCAUCAGGCAUCAAGUCAACUGGCAGGA